AUGCGCAUGACCCUGACGCUCCCUGUCGCCUUUCAAGUUCUGAUAGAGUCAAUGCUCGUCCGCCUGUAUCGCGAUGGACAUUCUCCCGAGGAUCCGUUUCUCGAGUUGACGCUGCCUGCGUGCGAAAUCAGACGUUCCACGGAUAUCGAAAUCGACGGGAAGACGACUAGGAUACUCAACAUAGCACAGUUUGGCGACUUCAUAGGCGAUUUUAUGUUCAAUGAAUCGGUCAUGCUGCGUGUCUGUGGUUCGGCGAAAGCGCACUUCAGUGGGAUACGAUCUCGCCUGCAGAUGGACGACCAUGUUAUAGUGACAGGGUUGAACACUUUCCCCGGCUAUGUGAUCAAGUCCUGUCAGCUCCUCAUCCCUAAAGCUCCGGAUGGGGCCCUGUUGGAGGCCGUUCUGGAUCUUCCGAAUCCUUCUCUGGCCACGAUCGAGAUGGGGGAUCUCACGUUGGAUCUGUACAUUGGACCCGUUGUUGUCGGCGAAGUCUUCAUUCCCAACGUCACGUUCGCCCCCGGUCCGAACAUCGUCACGUCGCGUGUCCACCUCGACACGAAGACGGCCAUGUCGAAUCUUCGAACGAUAAUCCAGUCGCAGAAAGAACUGCUACGCCACGGAAAGCUCGGGGUGAAAGUGUCGGGGAAGUCGACGCGUCGCAACGGCGAGAACCUGGUCUACUUUGAAAAGGCCCUCUCCAAGCUGCAGCUAUACUCGCAGGUGCCGCUUUCCAGAGUCCUUGGCAACACGGUCGGGGGGAUUGCAACGUCCAUCGCGCCGGGGAACCUUCUGACGCUGUUGCGGAUGACGGGGAUCAUGGCGAUUCUGCAGGGGAAUGGGCUGGAUCUGGCGCAGUUGACACAGCUGGACCAGCCUCCACCAGGUUGA